GAUGAAAUAAUAAAAUUUAAUGGCCUGCAACCAAGUGGUGAACUUGAUGAUUUUACAAGAAAAAAAAUGGCAGAACCGAGGUGUGGAGUGCCAGAUUUAUAUGCGAUUAGGCAACCAGGUACAAUUUUCAAAUGGAAUAAGAAAACGUUGUCAUAUUCAAUUCAGUCAUAUUCCGGCAGUUUAUCCUAUAAAGAUACAAAGUCGGCGAUUUCAAAAGCAUUUGAGUUAUGGGCUGAAGUAAUUCCCAUGGAUUUCAAUGAACUGCCAAGAAAUGGUGAUAUUAGGAUAAAGUUUGCGAAGCGAAGUCAUGGUGAUCCAUGGCCCUUCGAUGGUAAAGGUGGCGUGCUAGCACACGCAACUAUGCCACCGAGCGGGUUACUUCAUUUGGAUGAUGAAGAAAAGUGGACAUACAUGGAUGCUCAGAAAAUAUUCAGAUAUGACUAUACAGAUUUAUUGGCCGUUGCUGCUCAUGAAAUUGGCCACACACUUGGGUUGGAACAUUCGAGGAACAAGGAUUCUAUUAUGGCUCCAUAUUAUCAAGAAACCGUCGAUCGACGUGGAAAUUAUAUAUUGCCGAAGCUACAUUACAAUGACAUUUCCAUGGUGCAAGAAAUAUAUGGUACGAGUUUUUGGGACCGAAUCAAAAGUUUUUUCGGUUUUGGUGGAAAAGAAAAGGCAUCCAGUAAUGCUUCAUCACGACAACCAAAUACAGCAACCACUCCAAUUCCGCCAACAUCUCUUCGUUUUGGCGGCAAAGAUAAUAGAACACCAAAAGAUCCUGUGGAAUGUCCGCAUGAUGUUGAUGCAAUCACGAAAGUGGGAGAUGAGGUUUAUUUGUUCAGCAGUAGCAAAGUCUUUGAAAUAAUUAACCAAAAAGUGCAGCAAAUAUAUUCGCUGAGGAAAUUGUUUCCGAAUAGUCCACCAUAUGUCCAAGCAGCAUUAUCAAACCCAGCUUCGCGAUCAAUAAUUUUAUUCCAGGGCAGACAGGUUGAAAGUCAAUCUCCAGCUAAAUUUAGUUUAGUUCGACCAUAUCCAAAGCGUCUUUCAUCCACCAUUACAUUUAAUCCUAUGGGAGCUUUUACAUGGAUCGAUGGACGUAAAGUAUUAGUUAAUGCGCUCGAUUUUGCGAUUUAUGAUGAUUAUUGGAACCAAGCAACAAUGCAAGAUAGAAUCGCAAAAUAUUUUGAUAAUUUUCCCAGAGAACCGAUAAGAGGAAUAAUCGUCGAAGACAAUAACAUUAGCCUGUUCACGAACGAUAAGGUGUAUAAAUAUGACGCGAAACGAAGAAAUCUUAUCGGAGGUCCGGUUGCUUUAUCAGUUUAUCUUCAGUGUUGA